AAGCAGGUUUUGCUCGUAAACGCCACUUUUGUGCGUGAUUCUUGGGAGAAAAGAAGCACUGUGAAUAUAUCUGUCAUGGCUACCCACGGAGGAAGCGUUGAAAAGGACAGCAAAACAGAAACUGUGCAGAUGGAGACUGAGAUGACUGAGACGGAUUCUUUCAACAGAUCAUCAGAUUUGAAUCCAAAUGAGCAGUACAGGAUGACCCACAAACGUCGAGGCCUGGCCCUCAUUUUCAACCACGAGCGAUUUUACUGGCGUCUGGGGAUGAAUAGCAGGAGUGGAACAAAUGCUGACCGCCACAGCUUGGAGAAACGACUCCUGGAUUUAAAUUUUGACGUCCGGAGUUAUGACGAUGCAAAACAGACAGAUGUCCUGGAUAGAAUCCAUGAAGCUUCUGAGGAGGAUCACUCUGAUGCCGACUGCUUCCUGCUGGUCUUCCUGAGCCACGGCGAGAACAACUGCGUUUACACCUACGACGGCAUGAUCAACAUCCAGGAUAUCACAGCCGCGUUCAGAGGAGACAACUGUCCGAGCCUCGUAGGAAAGCCCAAGAUCUUCAUCUUUCAGGCGUGUCGUGGAGACAAACAUGACACUCCAGUGGUUAUCACCGAUGCUGUUGACGCCAAGCAGGUGAUUAAUGAGGUGGUGGUGGAUGCCAGUGCAGUAAACACACUUCCUGCUGGAGCUGAUUUCAUCAUGUGCUACUCUGUAGCUGAAGGUUUCUAUUCCCAUCGAGAGACGAUCAACGGCUCCUGGUACAUUCAGGAUCUGUGCGAGCUCCUCAGAAAGUACGGAGAUUCCCUCGAGUUCACAGAGUUACUCACCCUGGUCAACAGAAAAGUGGCGAUGAGAAGUGUGGGGAUGAGUAGAGACCCAAAUGCUAUUGGGAAAAAACAGGUUCCUUGUUUUGCUUCCAUGUUAACCAAGAAGCUGUACUUCAAGAAAAAGUAACAGUGUCAGGUCACGGUUAGAAAAUCAAUUGAUUAAAAAACAUUUUUUUAACUCUAUAUCCUUAAAGACCCAUUCCGAUCAUCUUUUGAGUUAUUUGAAAACACUCAAGAGAAUUCUUUUAAUUUUUUAUUAUGCUGUUUUCAGUCAAAAUCAAAAACUUUUGUCCUCUUUUUCAGGACAUAGUUUCUGUAGAGCAGCAGUAGUUAGUUAGAAAUGUGUCUCUGUGUUGUGAUCGUUGGUGCAUAGCAGCCCCGCCCCCCUUCCCCUCCCCUGUAGCUGAGAGCUCGAAGCAGGGAGUUUUUGGCUCCCCCAUCAUAUUUUCUGUCACAGUCAACAGCUGCAACUUCCAGCUUUUUCUGCCACAAUUAUCACAAAAAUGCACGUGAGAUUGUGGAGGGGCUGUAGAUCAAUACAAACUGAGUUUCUCCUUUUUUUAAAUUUUUGGAUGCUGGUGUGUUGUGGGAUUUUUGUCAAGGUUAAAGUGAACUGUGGCUCAAAAAAGGUUGAAAAACACUGCUCUAGAGCACUACAGAAAUGGCCCCAUUUUCAGUCCUGAUGCUGUGGAGAAGACCAGCAAACAGACUUUUCAGAUCACAACUCUCUUGUAAGCAAUAGUGUGGAGAAUAUGCAGUCCAAUACCAUGAACCCUGCUGGAAUUCAGGUUAACCCUUGUGCUAUCUUAGGUGACCCCACCCUUACUUUGACGUGUUUUCCUACCAUGAUAAAGGUGGAUAAAGGUGGAAAGAUUUCAUGUAAUCCAUGCACACCAGUGAAGAUCACAAAUCAUUGAAGAAAAAAGGUUCAGUGCACUGUCUAGUGGGUCUAGAUGACCCAACUCCCAAUGUUAAAGUGCCUAGGAUAGCACAAGGGUUAAUGGUGCUGACGAUGCCUGUUUUUCUAACUCCUUUACAGUUUUGUACUUUUUCAUGCAAAUGCAUCCCUGAUGUAGUUUGUCAGUUUAUCAAAACAAUAAUAACCUUCAUUUAAGUUUUUUAUUAAUACCAAACUCACCAUUGCUGUCCACCUCUUUAUUAUGCUCAGGUGUUGGUUGCUGACAGUGAUUCAAAAAGGGCUCAGAUGUAGCUGAUGAUUCAGCUAAAUUCCUCUACCUCUGCAGCAUUCAGUUUUUACUCCAGGCAUGUAGUUUUGACAUAUAUAUCUUUAGCUAUGUUUAGGUGAGCUUAGUUGUCAAGGAUCUUUAAAAGGAGCAAUCAUUAGAGAAAAAUAUUUCACCACAGCACCACACACCCAUAGAAAGACACCCACUGCCAUUCCAAGCCACUUCUUUAAAAGGGAAUUCAUGAUUGUGCUGUUGUCGCAGCAGUUCAUGGUACUUUGAAUAAUGCAUUUUUGCACCGCGUUGGUUAAAACAAACUACUGUAGAAAAAUCUCAGGGAGGACUGUGUUUGCUUUCUUUUUCCUUUUCCACAAUGUUGUGAUGUGGGUCUGACAUCCAGCACAUUUGUCUUGUGCUGAAAACUGUUGCUCUACUGUUGUGACUUUCUGGGUAAAACUGUAACAGUUUUAAUCUCUGGUUUUUUUUCUCAGUGUGUUUAAUUGGGAAAGAAAUAAAAAAUAUUCUUUAAAUGACA